UGGUUUGCAGCUGAUAGUCUAUAUAAAAGUGGUGCUGGGUUGGCAUCAAUUGCAAAAACUAAAAGCGUCACCAUGGCCAGGAUUAUUUUCUAUGAGGACAGGAACUUCCAGGGUCAGUCCUAUGAGUGCAGCAGCGACUGCUCCGACAUCCACAUGCAACUGAAGCGCUGCAACUCCUGCAGGGUGGACAACGGGUGCUUCAUGGUGUACGAACGCCCCAACUUCACGGGUAAUCAGGUCUUCUUGAAGAGAGGGGAGUACUCUGAUUUUCAGCGCAUGGGGAGCAUGAUGGGCAUGACGGGCAUGGCGAUGAUGGACACCGUCCGCUCCUGUCGCAUGAUCCCCAUGCACAGGGGGCAGUUCAGGAUGAAGAUCUACGAAAGGGAGAACUACGGAGGCCAGAUGCACGAGCUGAUGGACGACUGCGAGUCUCUCCAGGAUCGUUACUUAAUGUCUGACUGCCAGUCCUGCAACGUGAUGGACGGCCACUGGCUGAUGUUCGAGCAGCCCCACUACAGAGGCCGGAUGAUGCUCGUAAGGCCAGGAGAGUACAGGAACCUCCGAGACUCGGGAUUGAGCAACAUAAUGAAAAUCAGCUCAAUCAGGCGCAUCAUGGAUAUGUGCUGAUUGUCGUUCACUUAAAGAAACUGCGGGUGAAAUAUUAAAAUCAUAUUUUGAAGUAUU